AGGCUGUUGCUUUUGAUUUAUAUUAGAAGAAGGCAGAGUUUAGCCUCGGUUCCUCCCGAGCGCCUUUUUGCAGCCGUCGCCGGUGGCGAAGCGAAGACGGAGGAGAGGAAGAGCUUUGCUUUAUUUAUCGAGUUCCUUGGAAAAGCGGCUGCUUCUCGACGGCGAGGAUGAGGAUCAGCGCGAUAACGGGGCUGAGCGCCUUGGUCUUCUGCUUCCAAGCGGUCUUAGCGCAACCAAUGGACAUCAGUCUCCCUCCUGAAGACCUGGAUUCAUCUGGAGAUGAUGACGAUUCAUUUUCUGGUUCUGGUGCAGGUCCUUUGAUAGAGCAUCCUGUGAUUGCCUUGAAUGUUCCAGUACAAGAAAGCGCAAAUACCUCUCUGAUGCCUGAAGUGUCUACCAACUUGAGAGAUACCCAAACCAAGGUUCAAGUAAUAGAUAGCCCUGUGGAAGAUAAUUCAGGAGCACCUGUGUCUACAACAAACAUAUCUGGGUUUCCAGUUACUGAUCUGGUAUCCAAGGAGGCACCAGUAGUUUUUGGAGAUAAAGAGGUGGACUCAUUUAUUGAGCGAGAAACAACAAAGCCUACCGUGUUAACAACAAGAGUCCCAAUAAUGCAUCAUAUUUCCACAGUCAGAAUUACAACUUCUCGUGCUGCUAGCACAGUCAGAGUAAUUGAUGACCAUGAUACUCAUAGCAUAUCUAAUAUUGACAAAAUGCCUGCUGUUGACAUUGUGCCAGAGAGUGAGAAAAAUCUGAAUAUCACCACACCCUCUACAGUGUCUUCUACUGUCUUAAUGGAUAGCUCUCCUCUGCCUGAAAAAGACAUCUUUUCUGAAGAUGGAUCUGGUGAUCAGGGAGACUUUAUAUUUCCACAACUUGAUGAAAAUCUAAUAAACGUAAAGGACCCUGAAGCAGACAAUAGAGCAAUCAAUACAAAAGCAAAGGAUGCAAAAUCUGAAGGAGCCCCGCAAGGAUUAAUGGACAGGAAAGAAGUACUAGGAGGGGUCAUCGCUGGUGGACUUGUAGGCUUACUAUUUGCUGGAUUCCUAGUUGGGUUCAUGCUAUAUAGAAUGAAGAAAAAAGAUGAAGGAAGUUAUUCACUGGAUGAGCCAAAGCAGUCAAAUGGAGGCUAUCAAAAACCACAUAAACAAGAAGAAUUCUAUGCAUGAACAAACUGAACUAAAACUAAAGACAGUUUUCUUAUCUCUGGACAUCAUGAGUUCUCGCUGCGUUUUAAAAGGGGGGAAAACUAAAAGCCAUAAGACUGAGUUUAAGCCUCUGCCUCCUUGUCAUUGGGAACUAUAAUUUCUCCAAAGUCAAUCUGGAUUAAUAAACACCCUACCUGCUUUCUUGCACAAAGAUUACCUGUAAAGUGGGACUUCCUAUCUUGUCUAAAGACUCCUAGGGGAAGAUAAGGAAUCAACUGUAUAUAGUCUUGAUGUCUUAUGAAAGCACCAAGGAAUUCAUAUGGUACAAUGUGUGUGUUAUCAAAGAUACCCCCACCCCC